GCAUUACUGUAGAGUUUUUAGUGAAUUAGAUGGUUAAUAGUGGCAAAAUACAGACUACAUCCAAAAAUGGUGCUAAAAGAAUUGCUCGGCAUGUGUCGCCUUUGUUUAAAAUCACACUCCAGCACGGUGCGGAUCUUUUGCGACGAUGAACUCGUGCGGAAGCUGGAGCUCGUUUUCCGGUUUCAGAUCUCACAGUUGGAUUCAUUGUCGACGUUGAUGUGUAAAACGUGCUACGAGACUGUCAUCAGUUUCUCCGAGUACAGUCACACUGUGGAGAAGAAUCAACUCUACCUAGAAUCGCUGUUGGUCGAGCUGCCGAAAGCAACCGAAAGCGAUUGCUCGGAGGAUGAAGAUAGUGUACCACUCUCUAGGUUACUUGGACCGGUUGCCACGUCACCGGUCAAAAGUGACCACGAAGAGGCCGCUCCGGAUCGGGAGGAAUCGGUGCCAACAGAGGUCAAAGAUCCGUUGGCUGGCGGUCCGUCCAGCAAACUGGAUACGGAUGCACUAAUCCGGGAAUACGUGUCUCUGUGUUGCGACGUUUGUGGCACCGUGGUGGACAGCUUCCGAGCGCUUGUCGAGCACUGCAGGCGUCAGCACAAAACAGGAGCAAGGGUAACUUGCCUGGGGAAGCGCUUUACUCGUCGCCAUCGUCUCGUUAACUUCAUUCGACACCAUAUCGAACCACAAGCGUUCAAGUGCGGCCAGUGUGGCCAGGUGUGUAAAAGCAAGGAACUGUUACAGAUUCACCGGAAGCAGCACCUGCCGGAGGCCGAACGGCUUCACCAGUGCGCGGUUUGUGGCCAACGGUUCGCGCGCCGAUCACAGCUGCUAAACCACAACGCAUUGCACGAACGAAAAUACAUCUGUAAUGAGUGCGGGAAGACGUUCGCCUUCCGGUACAUGCUCGUGAAACAUCUGCAGCAGCAUCAAACGGGCCGUGAACGGCAACAGUUUGUAUGUGAAUUCUGUGCCAAGAGUUGCACAUCAGAAGCAGGAUUGAAAAUGCAUCAAGUUUCCCACGAUGCCAACGUUACUAAGGAACCGCCCGUCCAGUGUACUCACUGCAGUCGGUGGUACAAAAACAAGACAAGCCUGCGGGUGCAUUUACGCCGCCUUGCGGAUACCCGAACGCAUCGCUGUGAGCAGUGCGAGAAGGACUUUCCCACGAAAAAUUCGCUCAACGGACACAUGGCGUACGUGCACGGGGAGCAGAAGGAUCGGUUUCCCUGUCCACAGUGUGAUCGAACGUUUCGCCGGCGACGGGAGCUGACAGAACACACGAGCCGCCACAAUGGCACAGCGCUUUAUGAAUGUAAGGAAUGCGGUAAAUCUUUUUAUACCAGCUCGAGUUAUGCCACGCACCGCAAACGUUACCACGCAACCUGAGUCAACGGAGCUCGGCAGA